UGCAUAAGGUCCUGGAUUCAGUUUCCAGUGCUGCAUUGAAUGGAUGAGUCAGUCAGCUGAUAUGAUCCUGUUAGUCUCAUAGGAAUUUGCAAGUCUUUGACAAUGUUUGGUACAUUAUCUAGGUCCCUCUUCGUUCAGUCUAGAACCGUACCAUGUAUAAUGGCUGAGACUAGGGAAGAGGAGACAGCAUCAGCAGAAGCCUCAGGGUUCUCUGACUUGAGUGACUCGGAGUUGGUAGAGUUUCUGGACCUGGAAGAUGCCAAAGAAUCAACUGCUUCAGUUAGCAAGCCUGGCCCUUCUUCUGAACUCCCUGGGAAAGAUGACAAACCUGUAAGUGUGCAGAACUGGAAAAAUGGAUUGGAUGUCUUGUCGCCCAUGGAGAGAUUCCAUUUGAAAUAUUUAUAUGUCACUGACCUAUGUACUCAGAACUGGUGUGAAUUGCAAAUGGUGUAUGGAAAGGAACUUCCUGGGUUUUUGACACCUGAGAAGGCAGCUGUUUUGGACACUGGUGCUAGCAUCCACCUAGCAAAAGAACUGGAACUUCAUGAUCUUGUGACUGUCCCCAUCACCACUAAAGAAGAUGCCUGGGCAAUCAAGUUUCUGAACAUACUUUCAAUGAUUCCUACCCUACAGUCAGAAGGGCGCAUCAGAGAGUUUCCUGUGUUUGGGGAAGUAGAGGGCAUAUUUCUUGUUGGAGUGAUUGAUGAGUUGCACUACACAUCUAAGGGGGAACUGGAGCUAGCCGAACUCAAGACACGAAGGCGCCCAAUGCUCCCUCUGCCAGCUCAGAAAAAGAAAGACCAUUUCCAAGUUAGUCUAUACAAAUAUAUCUUUGAUGCCAUGGUACAAGGGAAAGUGACUCCUGCGGGCCUAGUCCACCAUACAAAAUUGUGUCUAGACAAGCCACUGGGGCCUUCAGUGCUGAGGCAUGCCCGACAAGGAGGCUUCUCUGUGAAGUCUUUGAGUGACCUCAUAGAACUGGUUUUCUUGUCCCUUACCCUGUCUGACCUCCCAGCUAUUGAUACCCUAAGACUAGAGUAUAUCCAUCAAGAGACUGCCACUGUAUUGGGCACAGAGAUUGUAGCCUUUGAAGAGAAAGAAGUGAAAAGCAAGGUGCAGCAUUAUGUGGCCUACUGGAUGGGCCACCGGGAACCUCAAGGUGUUGAUGUAGAAGACGCAUGGAAGUGUCGGACCUGUGACUAUGUAGACAUCUGUGAAUGGAGGAAGGACCGUGGAGCGCUCAGCUCUUCACUGGAGCCCAAUGCCAAGAAGUCGAAAUGAAUGGAAGUUGCACUUUGAGAAAUGUUGAUAAUUUCUGUUCUUAAUAUAGCUGUGUAAAAGGACCAGUCUCUCAGCUUGGCGUUCACAGUCAGGAAUGACUGGAGAGAUCUGGGGUUAUAGUGACCUCGGAGCUUUGAGAUGAAAUACAAAGGAGACAGAUGGACAUCAUGUCUGCAGCAGAGGGAUCCCUCACUAUCACUGCUUUCUCAAGAAAAUUAUUUGGGUUCUUAUGUUUUUUAUUUUUUUCUGGAUGAAUUUUCUUUUACAUUUUUCAUAAUAAAA